AUGGGUCGCGACUACAUCCCCGCCCCGUCGAAUUGUACCGAUAUUGGAGUACCAUAUCCGAACUGCCAGGUCGAGGGUACUCUCUAUGGCUACCUCCCUAGUCUCUCAGCGAACGCUUUCUUCGCCGCCUUCUUUGGCCUGUGUUUCGUCACCAAUCUCAUAUUCGGUAUCAAGUGGAAGACAUGGACAUACAUGAUUGCCUUGUGCUUGGGCUGCGCCGGGGAGUGUGUCGGUUACAUUGGCCGCCUCAUGAUGUACAACAACCCCUUCGACGACAUGGGUUUCCAGCUCCAAAUCUGCCUUCUCAUCAUCUCGCCCGCUUUCGUCUCCGCCGGUAUCUACGUCACGCUUAAGCACUUCACCAUCACCUUUGGCGAGUCGUGGUCCCGCCUCCGACCCGCCUGGUACACCUACAUCUUCAUUACGGGCGAUAUCAUCUCCCUCGUUCUUCAGGGUGCCGGCGGUGGUCUCGCUGCUACCGGUGAUCCUGGCUCUUCUACCCAGGAUCUCGGCACCAACCUCAUGAUUGCCGGUGUCAUCUUCCAGGUCGUCAUUCUCUCCGUCUUCGGCUACCUCUUGACCGAGUACGCCCUCAGGACGCACCGCCGCCGCGACCAGCUCUCUGCAGAGUCCCUGAAGCUGCUCGGUAACACCAGGUUCCGUCUCUUCGUCGUUGCCGUCCUCGUCGGCUACCUUGGCAUUUACGCCCGAUGCGUCUACCGUAUCCCCGAGCUUACCGGCGGCUGGGGCAACCACCUCAUGAGGAACGAGCCUGAGUUCAUUGCCCUCGAGGGCGUGAUGAUCACGCUAUCUGUCCUCUUCCUCAGCGUCUUCCACCCUGGAUACUGCUUCCCCGUCCUCGGCAACACCAUUGGCAAGAAGAAGGCCAGCCGCAAGAGCAUCGAUGAGGAGAGCAGCACAGACGACAACGAGAUGAUGCAGCGCGCAGCAUAA